UAAAAGACCCUUCGUCUUCAUCGACGAAGGUCCUAACUUUUCUUAUAAUAAUAUUUUAAAAGGGGUUUAAUAUCAUAUUAUUUCAUAUUCAUUAGUAAAUCUGAGAUAGUUGAGGAACAAAAGAGUGAAGAAAAAAUGGCGUCAUCACAAGCACUCAUUGAUAAGGCGAAGAAUCGUGAAUUUUAUCAAAAUUUCUGGCGCACUGAUCUCUUGAACACCAUUAAAGUUGAUCCCGGAUAUUGGUGUUUUGCCUUGUGGUGUUCACCAUGUGCAUCCUAUUUGCUUCGGAAACGAGCUUUAUAUGGUGAUAUGAGAAGGUAUAAGUGUUGCGCUGGUUAUAUGCCUUGCAGUGGUAGAUGUGGAGAAAGUCGUUGCCCUGAAUUUUGCCUUGCAACUGAGGUUUGUUGUUGCUUUGGAACAUCAGUGAGCUCAACUCGCUUCUUGUUACAAGAUGAACUCAACAUAAAAACGACGAAAUGUGAUAAUUGCAUUAUAGCUUUCAUGGUCGUCCUCGGAUAUCUUGCUUGCCUAUGUAGAAUUCUGGCUGUAGUUACUGGAGACGACGAAAUUGAGGAGCUUGCUCAUGUGUUAACAUGCAUGUCUGACACAGUUUAUUACUCGGUUUGUGCAUGCAUGCAGACACAACACAAGAUUGAAUUGGACAAAAGAGAUGGCGAGUUUGGUCCAAUGACAGUGCCACCAGUUCAGCAGAUGUCACGACUUGAUCAGCCGUACGCGCCCACAGUUGGAUAUCCUCCGUCAUAUGGUGCACCACCGCCUUACGGUCAACCACCACCACCGCAACAAGGUUAUCCGGCUCCUGGUUACCCACCAGCCGGAGGUAAUUAUCCUCCUGGAGCUUAUGCGCCAGCACCAGCACCAGCACCAGCACCAGGCUACUGGCGAUGAAGUUUUUCAAGAUUUAGUACUUGUGUCAUUUCAAUCUACUAAAGAAGCAUUCACAUUUUGCUUGUCCUGAGGUUGUCUAUGUACAUUUCCCUGCUCAUGAAAAAUGUGUAGUAGUCUUUUUUGUAAUUAACAAAAUAACAUAACAUUUUUGUGUAUUAUAGAGUUGAGUUAUUUUUGGUGUUUGGAUAUUACAUU